AUGGAGGAAGCCAAACCCCCAGAGAUCCAUCUGGACCCAGAAGUCGAAGAACUGUGGUCCUCCCGUGCCCUCCUGCUCGUCCUGGUCCUCCUCAUCCUGUCCUUCUGGGUCUCCUACUACCUCAAAAUCAAGCGCAUCAAAACCAUCCACGAAACACUGGUCGCCCUGUUUGCUGGAAUGGUCAUCGGCUUGAUCGUCAGACUCUCCCCCGGCGAAGUCGUCCAGAACAUGAUCAGCUUCAAGAGCACGAUCAUGCUCAACGUCCUCCUACCCCCAAUCAUCUUGGCUUCCGGCUACGACCUCAAAGAGGAAAACUUCUUCCGCAACUUUGGUGUCAUCUUGACUUUUGCAUUUUGUGGAACUUUUGUCUCGGCAGUCGUCAUUGGAACCUUAGUCUAUAUCUGGGCAUUGCUGGGGUUUGAAGGUCUUUCUCUAGGGAUCAUCGAAUGUCUUUUGUUCGGAUCCACUCUCUCUGCCACAGAUCCAGUCACCGUUCUUGCCAUCUUCAACACUCUCAAAGUCGACCCCAAAUUAUACAGCAUCAUCUUUGGCGAAAGUUUAUUGAACGAUGCUAUUGCUAUCGUGAUGUUCGAAACUCUCUCUCACUUUCACGGCGAAAAAAUCUCGAUCCUCUCCUUCUUUCAUGGUGUCGGAAUCUUCUUACUCGUCUUCCUCACUUCCAUGGCCCUCGGCGUCGUGUUUGGUUUGACAUGCUCAUUGAUGCUAAAACAUUCAAGAGUCUCCCAAUUCCCCGAGAUCGAAAGCUGUUUGGUGUUGUUGAUCGCCUAUACCAGCUACUUUUUUUCGAAUGCAUCAACCAUGAGUGGUAUCGUAUCGCUCCUGUUUUGUGGAAUCACUUUGAAACAUUACGCCUACCACAACAUGUCUCGAAGAACCCAACGAACAACAAAAUACAUGUUCACUACCCUCUCUUCGCUCUGUGAAAACUUCAUCUUUAUUUAUCUGGGGCUAAGUUUGUUCACCCAAACCCAACUGGUUUACAAACCAAUUUUCAUCUUCAUUUCGGCUUUAUCGGUCUGUGUGGCCAGAUAUUGCGCCGUCUUUCCAAUCUCACACUUGGUCAAUGUUUUCUUCCGAAAGGCUCGAGGGACUCGAACGGACGAACUGCCCCAUUCUUAUCAGAUGAUGUUAUUCUGGGCGGGCUUAAGAGGAGCUGUUGGAGUGGCUUUAGCAGCUGGAAUCAAAGGAGACAACGCGGUUGCUUUGAGGACGACAGUCUUGGUGACGGUGGUGCUUACGAUGGCUGUCUUUGGUGGGACAACGACGAGGAUGAUCGAUAUCGUCGGAAUCCGGACCGGGGUUGAAGAUGAAAUAGAUACAUCGGAUGAAGAAGGCGCCGGCAUGCCCGACCAUGGUGCUGGCGGCUUCCUCAGUUUGGAUCGGGAUGACCAUCGAGGAGUACUUUAUCAGGACACAAAUAGCCGGAAGAGCUCGCUUGGCGAUUCACUUGAUCAAACCACUAGCAGGCAUCUGAGAAAUGUGAAAACCGAUUUCAAUGGUCCCAACUCUGACGACCCCUACAAGCGUUUCUCCCGAGGAGCGAGGGAUUCCAAACAUGGCGCAAUCGCCAGUCCAAUGUCUGAGCGCUCGAUAGCCACCCAGGAUUCAGAUGACGAGGUAUUGCCUUCAGCGGAUGCUCAGACUACUCAAUUCAAUCUGGAAGAUGGUGAAGCUCGUCAAGGAAAUGGGCAGGAUGGAGGCAAUCGGAAGGUAUGGAGAGACGGACAGUGGUUUACAGUUCUCGACGAACAAUAUCUUUUGCCCGUCUUCAGUAAUGCAACGGCCUCUCGGAAGCAAGCCUCUCGAAAGGCACUGCGGAACCAACGGGCCAGCUUGGCAGGCGAUGCAAUUUAUCGAGCUCAAUCGGAUGCCGAUCCUAUCCCUUCACCACGUUCGCCCCUUCCCAAUUCGUCCUGGAACUCGGAAGAUAGUAAUGGCGGAGGUACAGAUGUGAAACCGAAUAGAGGUGGGUAUAGAUAUCCGCAUCAUGACGACUCGCGCCAGACGCUACGUAAAAAACUUCCCCCUUCCACCCCACCCACAGUGUUCCAAGGCUCAUUUACCGACGCUCUUUCUGCACUUGUAACCAAUCCAUUAUCAUCCACCUCCUCCAAAAUUACCACAAUUGCCACCAACCACGGCGCCGGGUUACUGGACAGCUUGAAAACCAACCGACCAUCACCAUCCUUGAAGAAAAAGGCGAGCGAUGAGAAUUGUUCUUCCUCAGAUCAUCGCUCCAAGCCUUCGUACUCUCUUUCCUCAAACGAGAGUCGAGAGAAAAUCCUCAUCAAUGAUCAUCUCAAUGGAACCCAUCGGAAUAGUAAUCUUCACCAAAUCCAUCAUCUAGGCUCUCUCCCUUCAGUCACAUCCACUGGUGCCAGCCACCAGUCUAUCACCGCCUUCACUUCCGCCAAACCUCAACACCAUAACAUCGACUCGAGUGAUCCGAGCAUAGGAACAUCGACCAGCUCGACCAUCUCCAUCCAACAAAGCUCCUCGAACCGAAUCCCAAGAUCCAGCGCACAUACAACAGACGAUCCCACGCCGACCAAUGGUGAUCACGAAGGCGCCGAUAUCGAUAACGAACUUCUCGCAUCUUCCCUUUCUCUGCCUUCCUCUUCUCGCAUCAAUCCUCUGAGUCAUGUCCGGUGCAGAUCACGAGAACAAAUCACCACUUUAUCUGCCUUUCAUCAAGACGACGGCGAUGGCCGUGGUGAUCUUGGUGGAAGUGGUGGCGGCCUUACCCUUGGCGAAACAAACCAUUGA